AUGCGCCGAACUGUGUUCCAACCUCUCCAUGAACUCUCCCGCCCUGAGAUCAGAGCUUCAGAAGAGCUCCUCGCGGAAAGGUUCGUCUGGCCUGGCAUGGACAAGGAUUUCAAAGCUCGAGCACGGUUCUGUCUGAGCUGCCAGAGAAACAAGGUGCAGCGCCAAGAUAAGUCUCCUUCGGGUAUCUUCCCCAGCCCUGACGAGCGGUUCAGCCAUGUGAAUCUGGAUGUAGUAGGUCCUUUGCCUCCAUCCAACGGCUACACUCACCUCCUUGCCUGCGUUCGUCGGUACACCCGCUAGGCUGAAGUCAUCCCUCUGAUGAACGUGUAGGUGGACACCAUCAUGAGGGAAUUCGUCCGUCGUUGGGUCGCCAUUUUUGGCGCCCCAUUCAUGGUUGCCAGUGACCGAGGAGCCCAGUUCGAGUUUGCUCUUCUAAGAGCUCUCCUCCUCUUUCUUGGUUAUAUGCGUAUUCGGACGGCAGUCUACCACCCAGCUGCCAACGACAUGGUCGAGCGUUUCUAUCGCCACCUAAAGAUCGCCAUAGAGGACCCAACAAACUGGUUGGACAACCUGCCCCUUGCAUUCCUUGGCAUUCGCGCGGCACUGAAGUCGGAUUUGGAUUGCAGUGCAGCCGAGUUGGUUUUCGGCAAUACCCUCCGACUGCCGGCUAGAUGGUCAUCCCAAUCUCUCCUGGUGCCGACGAGGCUCCUGGCAAUUUUAUGCACUGUCGGCGGCGAUUUAUACGCUCGAGCUCUAUCGGCACAGCCGAAUAAGGCCUGGCCAACUGCAGUCAUGUGUUUGCUCGGUGUGGCUAUGUACGCAAGGCGCUGGAAUCACCAUUAG